AUGCCUUCCUUACCUGAACAUCAUUCUUUGUUUCCUCCUCCUCCUCCUCCUCCUCCUCCUCCUCCUCCUCCGCCUUCCCCACCCCCUCCUAACAUGCCUAUUGCCCUUCUUCCUUUCCCCCUUCCACAUCUCAUCCUCUUCCCCUUCCUACGCUUUACUGCUUAUUUCACUUCUUCCCACAGGAGACAAAGCCGUGCUUCAACCGCCAAAGAGGCAAUUUCGAUGAUACCUGACGCCUGGUUGAAACCGUCUGCCACAGCUUGGCGUGUUGGCUAUGAUUUUGUGGUAAAUUAAUGUAGGUCACGGAUCCCCAACGUAGUCUCUCUGGGCUCUGGACUCCGAACUUUCAUGAAUAUGAGUAUGCGACUAUGGUUUGACUGGUGUAAUGAACCAGCACAUGCGUAUCUACAGUACCUGUGCUAACUCAUGAAAUGCCGAGGUCAAAAUUAUAGUGGACAAUGUAGUGUAUUUUUGGUGUCGUUAUUUGUGUUUAUUUAGUUGAAAUAAGGACGAAAAGACCGUUUUCUGAAGGAAAGUUUGAUACGGAUCCGUAUAUUAAAUAGAAAACGGGCCGGAUUAAGGCGAAAUCGGAGGAUUCCUGAUAUUCAAGCAGUUUUCUACGCUAUUAAAGCUUUCGGAUCGAAAUUCUUUGUGUAACCUUAUUAAUCUGUUUAAGAAGAUUAAUAAAAGGACGAAAUUUUUUAAUAAACUUUCGAACAAAAAGAAAAAAUUAAAUUUCAAUAUCGACAAAAUCAGGGAAAUGCAGAUAAAUUAUUUCUUAUUGUGUUCAGGAAAUAACGUGCGAUUCUUUAUCUAAAAAUUCUAUUUUACAAAUUCGUAAAGUUUUAUGUUUCAAAAUACCGAAAUAAAAAAUGUUAUCAGUGUGAUUGUUUUACCAGACUGAAAAUGCGUGUCGUAAACGAAUAUAUAUUGAGUUCGCGCGACAUGCCGUCACUUUGCUCUGCCACGCCAAACGAUAACUAUGUCUAAACAAUACUUAUCCGAAGUUGACUUCCAGCGCAUUCGAAAAUUAGCGGCGGAAGGAAUCCCGCGUGAGUCGUUAGCUAGUAUUUUCAAUAUUAGCAAGGUCACUCUGUGGCGCAUUAUUAAUGAUAAAACUGUUCCUAGAAAUGAGAUAGGGGGACCAAAACGGUCCACAAGUAAGCAAGACGACGAUUUUAUUCGUCGUACAUUAAAAAAGUUUCAUUACAUGCCCAUUGAGGCCAUUCAGCGGGAACAUCUGCCGAUGUUUUCUAUGAACAUCAUUAGAAAAAGGAUGAAGGAAUUUGAACUGCAGCGGCGGAAGGCCAUGAUUAAGCCAUAUUUAAGUAGAAAACUAAUUAGAGAACGGCUUUUAUUUGCUAAGACUGGGAUGUUAAGCCAGUCGACGCGCCCAAGGUCCAGUCCCCGGGACCCUGUGUUGUCACUGGUGUGCAUUGAGAAGUAGAAGACUUGAGAACUAUAUAACUACAAAUAUUUCUCAUAGGCGGGCUGUAGUUUCCGCAUGGCUGCUCCGAUAGGAGACAGGGUGCAUUUCUUCUGUGGGUUCAAAGAUGAGCCCUCUCCAACGUACCGACUGGCAAAAUGGCUGUUUCGGCGCCUCAAAUUUCUGACCGCUGAUUCGGACACCACAGUCUGUUCGUCCACACAAUGCCUGGAGAAGCUUAAAGGAGUAAGUCUCUUGCCAAAUGAGGUCAUGGUAUCUUUUGAUGUCACUUCCCGCUUUACUUCUAUCCCCCAGGAUCUGGCAAUCGAGACCGUCCAACUACUCCUACGAAACAAGUACAAUGAAACGGAGAAUCGUCUCGGACAUACGCAAGUCCUUCAGCUCCUAAAGUUCUGUCUCAGGACGUACUUCACGUUUGACGGAACAGUCUACGAGCAGGUGAAACGAACACCAAUGGGCUCGCCGAUUUCGGGAUUCAACGCCGAGGCGGUCCUACAGCGGUUAGAGUCGCUGGUCUUCCAACACCACAGACCGAAAUUCUGGGCUCGGUAUUUGGACGAUACCUUCGUCGUAAUCGAACGGGAUCAGGUGCUAACGUUCAAAUAACGUCUCAACAGCGUCUUUCCGGAUAUACAAUUUACGAGGGAAGAGGAAGAAAAUAAGCAGCUGGCAUUCCUUGAUGUCCUCAUCUGUCGCAAAGAUUGUGGUGGCUUAAAGGCCAAAGUGUUCAGAAAAGCGACGAACAUGACGCAGCUACUGAACUUCAGCAGUAAUCACCCAAUCAGCCACAAACGCAAUUGCGUAAGAACGCUAUUUCGGCGUAUUGAGACGCACUGCAGUGAACCGAAAGACAAGAUUGCCGAAUCCCAAUAUCUUCGACGGGUUUUCAGAGAAAAUGGUUACUCACGCAACUUCGUCAACCGGUGCAUCCGCAAACGAGACGAGCGACAAAAUCGUGCCGAUCCCAAAUUCUGGCGAGCGAUCCCGUACAUCAAGAACGUCUCCGAGACCGUUAGUCGCCUUCUCGCAUCACUUGGGGUUGGAGUUGCACACAGACGGGAGGUCGCCAUAAGACGUCAGGUAAUGAGACCAAAAGACCCACUGCCACGGCAGGAAACAUCUGGAGUCGCUUACCGGACCUGGUGCAGUUGCGGACAAAGCAACUACGUCGGAGAAACUGAAAGACGGCUCCGAACGCGAAUUGCCGAACACGCGGCUUCGGUACGGAGAAAUGACGCCAACUCUCAGGUCGCGGCCCAUUCGACGAGACCCGGCCACACAUUCAAGUUCGAUGAGGCCGAAAUUCUCGCGAGAGGGGAUAAUCGCGUGAGCCGCGAGUUGCUUGAGUCAUGGUUCACGGGACCUCAGUCUAUCAACAAGUGCAACGACAUCCCCACUCCAUAUUCUGUCCUGAGGCAUAGACUGGCCAAAGCAAUUGACCACUCGGGGAGCGCACAAGCCGGUGAGCCAGAUGGCCGAGCAAUCAUCACGCCAGCAUCCAACACGGACGAUGAGAUUUAAGCAAUUAACAACUUGCAUGCCGGCCAUGAAGCCAUUAGCGAGCCAGCGGGCCACAAUUCUUGAUGAAGGGGAUCGCGGUUAAUUGCUAUCGAUAUGCGAUAGCAUAGAGACUGCAUCCUAUAAAUACUACAACUUCCGGUGCACGAGCCAUCCUUUUCUGCCACUAUCUCUGAUUAUGGAUUCAAGUGAGAAUCUGAGACGUCAAGCGAAUAAAGCCCUUGUUCCAGCGGUCGCUCCUUCUUCUUCUUCUUCUUCUUCUUCUUCUUCUUCUUCUGGUCAACUAGUUCCUGGAACUCGCAUCUUCGCUUGUAUCGAUAAUGAGCUCUCUUCCAACGCCCUUCUCCCAUCUACGUCACCCCCAUCCUCCUGCCUGCAAGUCUCGUGACUCCCUUCUUGAUCCUACUUCUCCUUCUCCCGCAGCUCCAUUAUCAUAUUCCUCUCCUCACAGUACAUUCACUAAUGUUUCCGCUCCCCUCCCUCUCUCCUCUACUGCCUCUCCAUCCCAAUCUCUCCUUGCAAACCGCAUAAUUUCUAGUUUGCGUCUCAGUCUUCCUCGGCUGCCUGAACACCUUCCUGAAACAUCUUCUCAUCCAUCGCUUCCUCGUAACCGUUAUCCUCCUUCCUCUUGUUUUGUCAUUGUUCUUUAGCUCAUUAGAUGCAUCGUCCUCGUUUCCUUACUCUCCUCCUCCUCCUCCUCCUCCUCCACCAUCACCACCACCAUCAUCUUACUCUUCUUAUUCGCCUUCUUCCUAG